AAAAAAAUGGAUAAAAAAACGGUUUCAAAUCCAACAAAACCGAUUGCACCUCCAGCUGGACUGCAAGCCAUUAUAAAUCAAUGUUUGAAAAUUUACCCAGAUCAACCGAAUCCAUUGCAGGUGACAACUGUUGUGAAAUAUUGGUUGGGUGGUCAAGAUCCUUUAGACUACAUAAGUAUGUAUCGCAAUGAUGGGAAUGUUGAGCUAAACAUUCCACCACAUUGGCAUUAUGUGACAUUCGGACUCAGUGAUUUGCACGGCGAUGGUCGGGUACAUGCUUGCGAUGAUAUGGACAAUCCAGACCAACGGUCUGGCAUGGGAUUUGAAUUAACAUUUCGAUUAGUCAAAAAACCAAUCACAAAUUCACAUGGAAAACAACAAGAAGAUCUACCACCGAUUUGGCCAGCCAAUCUACUGCAACAAUUGGCACGAUAUGUGUUUAGUACGGGCAAUCGAUUGUGUGCGGGCGACAAUGUGCCAUGGCGUAAAAGUUUGGAUAAUUCAGUAUCAAAUAUACAACACAUGUUAAUCGCCGAAGAUCCGCAAUUGCAUCGGAUUUUAUCGCCGUUUGGUUGGGUGGACUUUUGUCAAAUUGUCGGUGUUACGGAAGAAGAACUGAAUCAAGCGUCUUGGUGGAAAGGAACGGGCGUAUUAAGUUUACUUGGCAAAGAUCCACAAACCGGCGGUGAAUGGCUUAUCACCGACAUGAAUCGAUCGCAAAGUGUUUUUGAACUAUUCCCGAAGACAUUGAAUGAACUGAAACAAAAUUUGGAGUAUGAUGGCUCCGAUUUGGCCGGUAUUAAUGCUGAUUUUAUGUUCAAGGAAAUUCCAAAGUCACACAUCAAAGCCGAAAUCGAUUCGAAAACAAUAAAUGCACAAAUACAAAUGAAACUCUUGAAUGAUAACAUCGAUGCGCCGCUGAUGAAAUCCGAAUCGAAUGACGCUCGAUUCUUUGAGGCGAUGUCAUGUAGUAAUUCACUGGAUAAAUCGGCCAUGUCUAUCAUACGCAGUGAGCUGAUGAGUCAACCAAAGGCGAUUCCAUUGGAAGGUUUGGAGCUCAAAAUCGGACCCGAUUAUGCCAAGUACUUGGCAUUGGCCAUCAAAGAUCGAAUUCGUCAUGGUCGACAUUUCACAUUCAAAAACGAUAAUCUGGCGCUCACAUUUGUUUCUGAGAGUGUGACAGGCGAUGGUGUUGCUGUUACGAAACGAGAACCAUACGCACUAUACGGAUAUUGGCUACAGGUUUUGAUCACAGACGACAUUGUAUCACAAAUGAUUGAGUCUUUCAAGUACCUUGCUGAUCCAAACGAGAAAUUCGAUUUGCCGUUAACAUUCGAGUAUCUCGAUAAGAACUUAUCAAUCAUCAUCGAUAAUUUGACGCAAGAGCUCCCGUGUGGUCUAGAGUAAUGGAGAGAAAAGACAUGACAAAAGUUAAAUUGAAAAUAGCUCUCUUCAGUAUAUAAACAGCUAAAAGAAAAGAUUCUCAUUGUUUCAAUGCAAACAUGUGAGCGUAUGUGUGCAUUCAAACAAUAAUUAUUGUGUGUUAGAUCAUUGUAAGCAUUUAUUUUUCUACAAAAUCUUUAUUAUAGAGUACUUGAUUAGCCGGAAUGUUAAGCAUAAUGCCAUUAUAUACGAGAAAUUUCUUGGUGGUUUCCAUUUUAGCUGGUGAAAUUUCAACACAAACAAAAUUAUAUUCAGAUAAAUUCUUCGGUAGCCAUUCAGAAAUGGUGAAACAGCCACCAAUAGUAUCCAGGGGCUGACCACCACAAAUCAAACAGAAAAAAAAAAUUAUGUAAAAGAAUCUCUAAAUGAAAACAAUUUUAAAUGUUCACUUUAAUCCCUUAACUAUGUAUUCAGUAUUUUUACAGUCCUCCUGCCCCGCAUUUAAUCGACAUCAAAUUUAAAUAAAGGAAUCGUUUUCAACAGAUUUUAAUAGAAA